AUGGCUCUAGAUCAUUUCAAUGCUGGUCUUGCUUUGGAGAAUAUCAUAUCGAACCUUGUGAGUUCAGGUCAUCGCGGUACUGUCUCGAUCAGUGCGUAUGGUGAUACGACCAAGGAUCAUCACUUGCCCUCUGAAGGAGUCAAGCUCAAUCAUUUUCCAGCAGGUGUUCCAUUUGAGAGGUUUGGACCUGUGAGGGAUGUCUAUAUCCCCAGAGACUAUUACUCAGGAAAAUGUAAUCAUUUUUGUGCUUUCUUAAUCAUGCAAUGCAAGUGCUCAGAGUUGGUAGACGCUGAUUGGAUUCGUAUGUAUGUGGAGCUUGCAGUUCAUAGAAAGCAUCCAGAUGUAAGUCCUGUUACAAUGGCUGAUCAAAUGGCUGAAGAGGCAAUGGAACAUUGUUUCAACUGUGAACCAAUGAGGAUAAGAGAGCCAAAGACAACAGCUUUGAUUUUUGCUUGGGGGAAAAUGAUGUUGAAAGACGCAGGCUUUGAGGAUGUGAUCGCUGAAGAUCGUACUGAUCAGUUUGUACAAGUCCUGAGGCGUGAAUUAGAGAGUGUGGAAAAAGAAACAGAAGAAUUCAUCAACGACUUCUCGGAAGAGGAUUACAAUGACAUAGUUGGAGGAUGA